UCGCUUUCACAACUCCGAAACGAACUCCAUCUCAGACAUGUUCCUCGACUUGAAAGAAGUAGCGAAUGGAACAGCAGAAGUGAUGCAUCAGUGCGUCAUGGACAUAUUGUCUGAUCACGGGUUGAGCCUAAGACUGUGUUGGAAUAGCGACAGAUGGUGCAAACUCGAUGUGCGGAGAGCACAACUCUCUGUGGAGCCGGCUCAGGGAAGGGAAUCCAGAUUCGAUUUUAGUAACGUGCAUGUGCCACUCGCUAGACCUCGUUGCCGCAAAGUCAAUGCAGACAAUGCCUUCAGCGCUGGAGUACAUGGUUCGAGAAUCGCACAAUUACUUUGCUCACAGCUCCACCAGGCUCGCUGCAUACAAGGGAUUGUAUAACAGUAUGCUGGAAGACACUGGCAAGGUAGAGCCACCAAAACUCCUGUCUCUGUCUCCAACAAGGUGGUUGGCAAUGUACGAUUGCAUCGAAAGAAUUUUGGGUCAAUUUGAGGGCCUGCAGAAGUUUUUUCAAAGCAUCGACAGCCGCACCUACAACACACGAGUUCUUCGGGACAUGUACAGUGACACUCGGAACCACGUCUACUUGAUUUUUCUUGCAGCAGUGCUUCACAAUGUGAAACGAGUGAAUCUGUUGUUUCAGAGCCAGACAGCCGACCCCUUGAAGCUUUUUCAAGAACUGGAAAAUCUAUUCAUAGAUGUCCUUAAGCGGAUCUUGAAACCAGCCGUGUUACGGCACAACUCCAACAGUGACCUGCUUUCCCAGGAUUUAAAAAACAUGAAGAGCAUCUACUUGGACUCUGGAAAAGCAGCAUUUGCAGAACGGCUCGCGGCAAGUGCCGCGACCUGCCCAGGAGCAGACCUGCAUUAG